AUGAUCGGUCAUGACGCGGAUCACGCUGGCCCAGCCGGUUCAGUUCAAUCUGGUAUGCAACGUUGGCGCUUUCCGCGUCGGAGAUGGACGAGCGUCAUAGUCGCAGCAUUGAUCCUGCUCUCCAUCCUGUUCUUUCGACGCCAGCAUGGUGCAUCCAAGGUUGAUGACACCCAUGCUCGAAUUCCUCAUCCAGAGCCGCCCUAUAAAACACCUGUACCCGAAAAAUAUAUGCUCAAGCCUGGAACGAAGCCGACGCGUCGAGCCUCAGCUGUCUUCGUGAUUCUCGCGCGGAACAGCGAUCUGACGGGAAUGACCUUCACCAUGUCGCAACUCGAAGCCAGGUUCAACCACAAGUUUGGGUAUCCCUACGUAUUCUUGAAUGAUGUAGAGUUCACGGAGGAAUUCAAAAGGUCACAUCUACGCCGAUCUGGGAACCAUGUACUGAAGACCAGCAGCAAUGUCACGGCGUUGACGAAGGCGCCGGUUCAGUUCGGACUAGUCCCUCCCUCACACUGGAAUCCUCCGCCGUGGAUUGACGAAGAGAGAGCGGCGCGAGCGCGUGAGAAGAUGGCCAAGCAUCGAGUGCUUUACGGAGGUUUGAGGCGUUUAUUCUUGCAUGUUUCUGGGUUCUUCUACCGGCACGAACUUUUGAAGCCUUUCAAAUAUUACUGGAGGUCAGUCCGGUGCCAUCUUUGUGUCUUUCAGUGUUUCAGACCUGAAGUGAUGUUCACCUGUGACAUUGAUUACGACCCGUUCCUCUUCUUAGAAGGCGAAGACAAGAAAUACGGCUUCACCAUCGUUCUGCAGGAGGAUAAACGUACCAUUCCUUCACUCUGGCCGACUGUGCGAGAGUUCAUGGAAAUGAACCCCGACAUGAUUGUCCGAGGGAAUGACAGUGCUUUGCCUAUGAUCGUGGACCCGACCGGUGCUUGGUACAAUCGAUGUCAUUUCUGGAGCAACUUUGAGAUUGCGUCCUUGGACCUAUGGCGCAGCCCGGAAUAUUCCGCUUUCUUCGAGUUUCUCGAUCAAAAGGGUGGAUUUUCUUAUGAGCGAUGGGGCGAUGCACCCGUGCAUACGAUUGGUGCAGCAUUGUUUUUACGGAAAGAUCAGAUUCAUUUCUUCAAUGACAUCGGAUAUGCCCACCGACCUUUUCAACAUUGCCCCUCGGGAGAAACGAACUUGCGUGCCAACUGUGAAUGCAAAGAGCAGUAUAGUUUCAAUCACAGAGAGCAGUUUUGUCUACGCAAAUAUGAUGAGCUGUUCCAGACCCACUGGUACAUAAGAGUGAACAUAUUCAAGAAAUCGCCCACACAUCUCAUGGCUCCACUCAAACUACACGGAUGGGACAUUGCGACCUGCACGCGCCGCGUAGCAACUAUCCUCUAUGAACUUCAAGUUCCUUUCGAGUUUGUGCCCGUCGACGUGAUGGGUGGAGAAAACAAAACCCCUCAAUUCCUGGAGAAGCAGCCGUUCGGACAGGUCCCUUAUAUUAACGACCAGGGAUUCAUUCUCUACGAGUCUCGCGCGAUCUGCCGCUAUAUUGCAGCGAAAUUUCCCGACUCUGGGCUUGUUCCUGCUGAUCCCAAAGAGAACGCACUGUUUGAGCAGGCAGCCUCAGUCGAAUUCAGCCAUUUUGACCCGCCUGCUUCCAAGGCAGGCCUCGAAUUCUUGAAAAAAGUUCUCGGGUGGUCGUACGAUGUCGAUGUCAUAGAGGCCAACUUGCAACUGCUCGAAGGAAAGUUGGACACUUACGAGAUCAUUCUUUCCGACCAUCGCUACCUCGCUGGUGAUAAUAUCACCUUGGCUGACUUCUUCCAUCUGCCCUACGCUCCUUUGAUUACUGAAGGAGGUGCUGAAGUUUUUACCAAGCGUCCUAAUGUUGCGAGAUGGUACACCGAGCUUGUUUCUCGUCCCUCUUGGAAAGCAUUUGAGGGAGGAGUGAAGACUACAUUGAAGUACUAGAUGCGAAUCACGUUUAUAUAGAAUAUCGAACUUCGCUCGGUCUCGGACUCGGUCUCAGCGUCUGACAAGUUGCCGGUUACUAAAAUCCCGGGCCUUCUCACGUACUUCUAUAUAAGCACGGUUCCGACUUGAGCUGCGGCAGCUGCACCCAUCGACAUGGUUACAACAAACGAACACACACUCACCUUGGGUACCGUCUUCAGCUUGUUUAGUACGAAAGGCUUGUAUCUCGUCACCUAUGGCUGGUUGUUCGGGAUGAGUCUCUGGAUCUCCUUCUUCGGCGGCGUCAUUGCAUACAAGACACUCCCCCGCGCCCAAUUCGGCGCGCUCCAGCACAAGACGUUCCCAAUCUACUUUGUGCUCUCGCUCUCGCUUGGCUCGACGCUGCUCGGGCUUUGGACGUACAACCAUCCGAACAUCUUGACUCAAUAUGCUAGUCCGCUGGUAGCAGACGUUGCGCAGGCGUACACGCUCGCUGGAGUCAUUCUAUGCCAGGGGUCGAACUACUUUAUCGUUGGACCGAUGACCAGCAAGAUCAUGUUCAAGCGGAUGAAGUUGGAGAAGGAGGAAGGAAAGAGCUAUAAUGAGGCUGGGGUCUCCGGUAAAAUGAAAUAUCUGAACUGGCAAUUCGGAAUGCUCCAUGGGAUUAGCUCGCUGGCAAACCUGUAUGCUGUGCUUGCCUUGGUGUUCCAUGGGCUCUGGAUCGGCAACUUUGGAUUUUAGUCACAUGUUGUACAAGUUGACGAUGCGAAUAUAUAGGCGACUGGAAAGAAAUGCAAAAUACAACAUGAUUAACGCUCGUCAUGCUCCUACCGACUCCAUUUCCGGCAUGUAGCCUUCUCUCAGACUUCGCUCCAAACGCCUGACCUCCUCCAUCGACGUGGCCUUGGCAAUGGCGGCCUUGACCUUUUCCGCAUCCUCCUUUGACAUCAAUCGUCCCGCCUUUCCUGUCAAGGACGCGAUUUUCGGUUCGUCCGUCGUGAUGACGGAUUUGGUCGAUUGAGUCGACACCGUCGUGGACAGCGUCGUCGCCAGAGCGGUAGGCAGGUUGUCCGCCGUAAGGAAGAGCGAUUUGGCCGUUUUGCGCUCCUGAAGGAAAUUCGGGUAUGCACUUAAGCAACCCGUUCGAGCAAGAUGGCCGCCCAGGAAUUCUCCAGGCAAGCCACUCGCGAUACCAUUUUUUCUCCCGUACAGGGUUCCCAAGUAAACACAAGUACUUCAGGUUCCGUAGUUCUUUCAACGGCUCCAAGUCGCCCAGCUCAGUGAACUGGUUAUUCGUGAGAUUGAGAGUCGUGAGGUUAGGGAUGGAGAUGUGAAUCGCCGGCGAAAUGUGCGACAGCUGAUUGUUCGCGAGUAGGAGGGUGUUGAGACGCUUCAAGAGAGGCAUAUUCCCGAGGACGACGAUCGCAUUGUCAGUGAAAUCCAUCGCGUCGUGUUGAUCCUA